GCAAACUGUCGUAAACAUUCAGAUCGGAACACGGCAGGAUAGAAACGUGUGAAUCAACAGAUAUGAAUGUCUCAAGUCAAAUUUAAAGUAAAAUGAACGAGUUAAUUAGGAAGUAUGCUGCUGGAAGCUCAGUCAGGCAGUUCGGAGGUAUCUGUAGUCUAGUUGUGUUGAGUUAAAGCCGCUGACAUGUUUUUGGCAGCUUGUAGGAAGAGCUGUGCUAGAGGACAGAUACACAGACUGACAGUCAGCACUGCUGCCAGCUGCCACGACAAAACACCUGCAAACUCACCGCUGAGAAACACUACAUCCCAGCUGAAGAGCAGAUUCUGGAGCUCCUCUGCUCUGGAGCUUCACAGAACAGUCACUCAGAGAUCAGAACAUCUCUUCUCAGUUAGAUGUGGAUCAAGAGCAUCUAAACAUCCCUGCAAGCUUCAUCUGCUGCUGUGUGGCACAAACAGGUUUUUUACUGAAGCAUCUAGAAAGCCAGGUUUGGAAGUGAGAUCAUCUGAAAAGGAUGAAGAUCAAACAGCCUCUUCACUUGCAGCUAAUAAAGAGGGACAUUUCCAGUUUAAAGAGCUGUAUGAGAAUCCAUGGACAAUCCCUAAUUACCUGUGUAUUGCCCGGAUCGUUCUGUCUCCUGUCCUGGGAUACUUAAUCAUGGAGCAGUACUUCCACGUCUCUCUGGGGCUUUUUGUUCUGGCUGGAGCAACAGACUUGUUAGAUGGCUACAUUGCACGUAACUGGCCCAAUCAGAAGUCAGCUCUGGGCAGCGCUCUAGAUCCAUUGGCUGAUAAGAUUCUCAUCAGUAUUCUUUACAUCAGUUUGACAUAUGCACAACUCAUCCCAGCUCCACUCACAGCACUGAUCAUUUCCAGAGAUGUUGCUCUGAUUGCUGCUGUUUUCUAUGUGCGCUAUAAAACAGUUCCACCGCCAGUAACACUCAGUAAAUUCUUCAACCCGUGUUACACCACUGCCCGGCUGAAGCCAACACUCAUCAGCAAGAUGAACACGGGUGUGCAGUUGUUUCUGGUGGCGGCGUCUCUGGCUGCGCCGGUGUUUCACUACACUGACAGUGUUUUACUGCGGUCACUGUGGUACAUCACCGCUCUGACGACCGCAGCAUCCGGUUACAGCUACUAUCAUUACGGUAAAAAGACCGUUGAGGUGCUGAACAACACAAAGUAGUUGUACAGUCAUCUGAGAUUGAGCUUUGACCAAGACAUUGGGAUAAUUAGUGUUUAUGCACAGGGGAAAUUAAUCGUACUUUUGUAAUCAAGACACUUUAGUCUGCCAGAAACUUGUUUGAUUGUUUUUUGAUUACAGUAUUAAAUCCAAGCGCUGUCAUUUUUUAUUAGCAUGUUGUUUUUUAACUCCACGGGAAAAUUAAACAUUACUUUUAACGAACUUUGGGUAAGUUUUCUGAAUAAAAAUUAACAUAAGAUGAAUUUGUGCUUAUGUGAUGUGUUUCUAAAUGUGACCAGACUUACAAAUAGCAGGACUUCAAUGAGCGUCACCUGCAGGUAAGUUUUACGAAUAUCUGUUAGAAAUAGGAGCUUAGGUGAAAUACUUUCAGCUAAAUAUCUAAAAGCUCUUAUUUUGAGAGCAUUAAUUUCCUCUGUAUAAACAGGUCUUCUCAAAUGCUGUCCGUUAUGAAGAGAUCAGUUCCUCCACUCCUUGUGUUCAUUCUUGGUGUGGCUGUGCUUGAUUCCAGAGUUGUUGAAAUGAAAACGGUUAAUGUACUUAAGUUAUGUUCAUGUUAUAUAUAGGCAUACUAUAUUAAGUGUUUUAAUAGUGUUGUUCAAUACAAUCUUGUAAAUUCUU